GCAACACAAGUACAUGGUCUCUGACACACGCCAGCACGACCACGCCUGGCCCAUUGACAGAAGUGUGCUCGUCAACAAUUGGUCUUGGACAAUUAUGAAAGAGACAGGCAUGGGGUGUCUUUGUUUGGGAGUUACCGGCGUACCUCGGUUGUCGUUACUGAUGGUCCUUAUACGUGAACAGGAUGCCUCGUGUGUAUGUACCCGUCACAGGUGACUUGCUCGAGCAUUGUUAGCACGGAAAAGCUAUAAAUAGAAUUUUAAAUGUUCGUAUUCGAUAAAAAUAAUACUAAUUGUACAUGUAGCUGUGAUGAAUUUACCCUCUAGUGAUUCGUGAGUUAAUUGAAGUGUACCAGUGCAUGCUGGUUUUUUCAGUCCGUGCUUAUGAAGCUUUAAACGUGUGUGUCAGUUUACGUUUACCUGCAAAACACCUGGUUAUGACAAAGUGAACAUGAACUACACUAGCAGAUUGGGGAUAAAGCCGACUCUUGAUAUUGUACAGCUGCAUCGAUAUCUUUAAUUACCUGGAUAUAAGUAUCAGGUAAAUCCCCUCACCUGGAUCUACGUUAUGGAAAUAGCAGGACUAAACAACAGGACCUCGGUAUCAUCUCGGUAGCAAUGUUUGACAAGGCACCAUGUUUCCAACUUGUCCCGUUAAAAAGACGUACAGAUGGAGGGCUUCAUCUGUGUUGAGUGGUGACAUAGACGUGAAGCUAUAUAUUGGAAUUUGUCUCGGAAUUAAGGGUGUCCAGGAAGUGAGGUCCGUCGGAUCAUGAGAAAUACGGGAGUCAUCAAAGGGAGUACAAAUAUAUGUACACACGACGUAGUGAUUUCUGUAAGAUCGUAGUGAUACAUAAAAUCUAUUUGAUAGUUGUCUAUCCGGCCGUCUUCACCGGAAGUUCGGGGUGAUGUUUUAUUCAUACGGGAGUAUUAAUCAAGAGUACCAUUACUGCCCUUCCGCGCACGACAAAAAAUGGCGCCUUCGUGUGACAAGUUAAAGUAGUAUGAGAGGAGAGUAAAUGUCAGAGGGGGAAUCGUGUUUGUGGCGAGUAUGUCACAACGAUGUCUGAAUUUGUGACCAACGUUCUGUGGCUGGUGUUAUCUCCCCUUGCUGGAAUCACUGGUGUUAUAACUGCCAUCGUCAUUUCUCACUACACACCGUUUCAUCACGGAUCGGAUAUUCUAUUUUUCUCAUACGUCAUCACAAUGUCUAUUAACGGCCUUCUCCUACCGGCUAUUCCAGCCCUUGUACAGAUUACCGGAAACACGUGGCCGGAUGGUCUGUGUCAGUUCUAUGUUUGGGCAUUUAUCUGCUUCAGGGUGCUACAGGUGCUUACCAUGUUGUCUCUAUCCGUCUUGUGGUCGGCAAUUAUGAAAUAUUCGACAAAAGGAAAAAGAAUAAGAUUUACGACUAUUGUAAAGGGCGCCGUCCCUACAGUAUGGGCCAUAUCGGCUGUGUUGGGGCUUCUACCAAUAAUAGGGGCCGUCCCACAGACGUUUCAUUCGGAAGGAAAGUGUUAUUUCCUCAGCAGUGACCUCGGACAGGGGAUGGGGGUUGUGAUGGGAGUGCUAGUGUUUAGUUGUGUUGUGUUUUCAGUAAUUUGUGUGUGUGACGCGACAAUUUUGUUGAAGUACGUCAGACGUGUUGCCCUUGUGAAAUACGGAGCUGGGCGGUUUUAUCUUCCCCAGAAAAGAUCCAGUGUUCCGGGAGCGGGUACAUACACAAUACACGAACGGUAUCAUCAGCUGACAUUUGCCUGGGACGUAUGUCGAUUGGUCCUUGCCUGGGUCCUCAGCAGUGGAUUGGUCAGCCAUAUCCCUUACGCCGUGUUGGAGUUCGUGGCUUUGACAUCCCCGCCGGGAGCCCCUCGUAAGAAAAUUGAGAAUGCCGUCAUUUGGCUUGUCCUCGUGGAGUCCCUGUGUCUCCCCCACCUCCUCUGGAUCGCCAGCACGCGCUAUCGACAUGCAUUCGUCUAUAUAUGGCGUGUGCGCGUGCUCCGAAGACCCGCUGAGGAAGAAGAGGAUCCCGCCGCAUGCACUCUGAAGUCCUACCUCCGAACAGCACAACAACUCAAUGGGACAGGGACUCGACCCGUACCCUCUGGGUCGUUACCAAGGCAACACACUGAAGAGGUGAUACAGACAGGAAGACAUCCCCAUAACAACCGGCAGCUCCCUCUGACGGACAUUGGUACAAUUGUCCGCCAACAGAACCAACGGUGUCGUCAGCGUCCUGACAACUCAAUAGACGCUCAAUCAACAGCAUAUGCAACAAAAUCAGGCACACUGCACCAGCAAAUGUCAACCCCUUCGCCAAACAUUCAACCCGCACAACGUGCUUCUUCGACAAUUUCUUCGCGAACAUCUCCGAGUCAAAAGCACUCGUCAGGUCACAUACAGAACGACAAUACAGUCACCUGCCUCGAAGCUACCAGAGAACUGGAUCUUAUGCGUUCUGCUUCUGCAAGCUCGCGCCAUGAUUGGAAGGAGCAAAUGCGCAAGAAACAUUUGCCGCCAAUCUUUGUCAAUGAGGCGUUUGACAGUGGCGAGGCAAACAGAGCGCGAAAUAUGGGCCAGGUUGCUACCCAUGCACAUGCGCGUGAGGACAGUAGUAGUCUACAUUUUUAUCUCUCCGGUGAUUAUCAUCCGGAUUACCUUAAUACUGAUAGCCUACCCAGGAAGCGCCACCUAUUGAAGGAACGAAGCGAGAGCGAGGGUGUUAGUGGGCAAUAUGAUGAAGGGGAUAUAGAAAUGAUCCUUGAUGAAAAUCACUCAUCUACAAACGUAGAGGUACACAAUACACGGCCACAUUUGUCAAGUUUUAAAUCCAUUCAGCUGAAGAAACAUUCCAGGUCAUCAAGUCUAGGACGAGAUAGUGAUGGCGACAAUCUAUCAAAUGUUAAUUUACCUGACGUCAUAUCAAACGGUCUAAAGUCAUCAGACAACUCGGACCACGAGAAUGACGUCGUUCAGAAUCCUUACUUACAACAUGUCCGUAAAUCAAGUCACUCUUCUAGUCACGUGCAAUCAGAGUGUAGUGGGUCACAUGCGUCAUUUGAUGACGUGGAUGUGAGCGAUCUCCUAGGAGACUCCAGUCGGACGGUAGAUGGACACUCAUGUCGGAUAGACGGCGAUGGUGAUGCGAGAGCCGGUUUGUACAAAGCGGAGGAACUCGCGAUCGACUUGACUUAUUCUGAGCCAUCGCAUAUAGAAAUUAAUGACGGUAUUGCGAGAGUUAUCUCCCCUCAUCCCGAGGGAAAGGAAACUCCCAAUGACAAUUUUCCCAAUAGGAAUCUAUCCGACAGUUCUUCGCGUGCAUCAAGUUAUUUUUCCAGGGAAAAUAAACAGAUGCCGACAUUUGACCAUUCCGGAUGUAUGUCCUCGUCUUAUCAAAAUAAAACAGACAAUCGCAUUUCUCGUGUGUACAUGGCGGAAUGCAGUGACAGGAGAAGUAUUGAAAGUCCGCGGAGUAAUACAUCGACGCCAUUAUCUUUCACCUUUGACCCGGAAAUUGACAGAGGUUUUGAGGAAGCGCUUUCUGUAGGAUGUCCUGGAACACCUUCUGUGUGUGGCACGAUUCCCGGGUUCGAUUCAGUUACCGAAGGCUCAGAAGAUGGAUCUAGUGUGUUUCCUGUGGAUUGUAACAUUUCCCUUGAGGAAGAUCCUUUCCGAACACAUGCGGUUGUAUCAAAAAGUCUUUCGGACACACGUAGCACUGGAAGUAGUGAAAAUCCAUUCGACUUCCUGCCAUCAUUAAAAUAUGGAAAUACUUAUCCUAAUAAAUAUUCAGAACUCAUAGACAAAGCAAGUUGUAGCCCCGUUUCCGAUAUAAUGGUCAAUUCAACAUCUGAGACGGAUCACGGAGACUCUGGUUUUAAUUCCGGACUUGAGAGCUCUGUUCUUUUUCAUCAGGGAUCAAACUUGGUUCUAGCGGGAGGUUCUCACGAUGAUGCACGUGCUCGACAGAAUUCAUCACCUUGGCCAGAAGACGUCUCUGUUUGGCCAAAUGAUGAAUCAAAUACUCAACAUGGUUUUGAAAAUGACUUUUCUGGAAAUGUACCACAUGACGUCAGUUCCGGUCUAAACACACGUGACUCAGAAGCGGUAUAUUUCUAAAUUGAAAUUUCUUUAAAUACUGUGGCAAUAUCAAAACGUUCCGUCUUAAAAUUGUGAGGGUUUUCAAAUAUCCCGUCAUAUUACACGUGGCCUUGAAAUAAUAGAUAUAUUUAGUAUGUGCUAUACUAAAGUAUAAUAAUAGACAGUUGUGUGAAACAAAUAUUUGUCGAUACCAAAGGUUAAGUGUGUUAAAACAUUAGAUCUAAUAAUUACGGAUUUCAGUUGAGAGUAGUAUUUUUUGCUUGGAGUAACCCUCUUAUAUACAUUAUGAAGCAUUGUAAAAGGAGCUCUACUAGUAAAAACAUGUAUUACUCGACUUGUACAGAUAAUACCCUGAGGCCUAAAACUAUUUAUUUAUUUAUUUAUUUUCACUGAUGGAUGUAUGUGUUUUGUUUAUGGUAUCAUUAUGUCUUAAUCUCGCGGUACCCUUAAGCUUAAAAUUAGCCAUGUAUUUCAAAAAUCAAUAUAUGUGAAAAAAGAACGAUGACAAACAAUGUAUCUAUUUUCAAAUUUUAUUAUUUUACCACAUUUCAAACUUCCGCUAUGCGCUAGCGAACAUUGCAUUUCAAUCCUCGAACUCUAAUAACUAGACGGCUCUACUAAGCUCGAAGUAUCAAUUCAGUUCCGACAGAAAUAAAAGCUAUAUGAGUAAUUCUAGGUUAACUUGAACAUUCGGGAUGUCUUGGUUUUAUUAAUGAUCCUACUGACAUCGAGAUAUCAAGGUUCAACUGUAGUAUUUUAUAUAAAACAAGGGGCAAUGACGUAAACAUUAAAUCGAGAUAUCUGUCAUGAUUCGACAUUUAUCAUUGAAACAACGAGGAAAUGUAAAAACCAUUGGUCGGGGCAACCCCUUAUGUUACUAUCUAGAAAUGGAAAAUUGAAAAUAGAGAAAUCGAAAGCAGCACGCGCCUACCAUACAGCUUAAUUAUAAGCUGUCCCUGCUGGGUACAAAGUGUAUAUCGUAGCUUCAGAUCGAGGUAAGCGGUUGAUGUGGAUAAGUCUGUAGUGUCUUUGGUUUCAAGUUUUCUUUUGCAAAUCAGAUGAACAUGAUAAAAAAUAUCAUUCCUUUAUUUGGCGAAUAUUUGCCGUAUAUACAUAAGCAGUUAUAUAAUAUUGAUAUAACAGUCGAAGACAUAAAAUAAAGCUUAUGCCAUUUCCUGUUUAUUAAUUAGAACAUUUAGUUCUCGUCACUUCCGGUGAAUUAGAAGUAGUCCGCGAAACUUGAACAUUAAUUUUAAAUUUACAUGUAGAUGAAUUAUCUUUUACAAAUAUAUUAUUUUCAAGUAAUAGUAUGGCAGCUAGGGAUGGAAUGUACAUACUUAUGACAGUUUGGUAUACGAGAUUGAUCUACAUAUUGUAACUUUACUACACUAAGUACUAGCCAAAAUACAGUACAUUUGAUUAUUAGAAAACACUCGUGUUUAAUGGCGAGCUCGGCCUGACAAUGUGUUUAGUUGCUUGCAUUUCCGCUUAUAAAUCAUGUUAGUCUCUCUUAUAUAAAUGCUUGGUAAUAUUGGCAUCCCGGUCACGUGGUCAAAUGUAGUCCCUCAUCACCUAUUACGAUACACCCAUAAUGCAUUGCAAUGUUAGAUUGAGGCGCAAAUAUAUGAAAAUCAAAAAUUAACCCCCCCCCCCCCCCCCCUUCCCCUUUUUUUGCGAGAUUUGUUUCCUUUUUAGGACUUAAGCAAACGUAAAAACGUUUACAUAAAUCACACUAAGAAAUCAAUAGUUUGUUUUAAUUUUGAUGUAUUAAACGUUAAUUAAGUGUAUUGAUAUUAAUUUGAUAUAAUGUUAUCAAUGCUAUAUGUAUCCUCAUUGUUUUGAAUUACUUUGUGUUUUUUUUCGUUGUGAUAUGUUUUGAUUUACCUGUCCAUCCUCGUCUCCACUAUUGUGUAUUAUACCUGUAAUUACAGUGUAUCAAUAGACCGUAUCACUGGGUACUAUAUAUAUUGUCUCUACACGUUGUUACAGAAAUACACUGUAUCCUUGGGUACUAUAUAUAUUGUCUCUGCACGGUUUUAUAAAAUAAAACUGUAUUUGAGCACGGUGUUACAACAUAACGCUGUAUUUUUGCACGGUUUUAUAAUUCAAGAAAAUAUGUGUAUUUGCCGUGUUAAGUUAUAGCGUCACGUGAAAGUUAACGUCAUUUUGUCUACAUUACGUUGAUUUUUCACAUUUAUAUCACUUAUUUUUCUCGGCGUACCGAAUCAUUCAGCAUUAUCAAUUAUUUAAAGUUUGAUAUUUAACAUAGUUAUUUCACAUGAUGGUCUGUAACAUACAUGUACGUACGUUCAAACAUAUCGCAUGAUGUUAUUUUUCUUUAUAUUUACGUUCAAAACAUCAAAGAAAAUGGCUCUCGGUGCCAUAUCUAUUUCAAUCAUCAAACAUCAAUCGAAGACCAUUCGGGAGUUUCCGUUAUAAUUCGGGUUUAAGCGACAUGGCGUUAUAUAAAAAAUUCCUUCUGUUUUACUGAUUGUACCACGGACUUGUUGAUACAGAAAAAGUAUACAAGGGUGUCUGGUUCGUUGGUAGUUACUGUCUCUUAACCUUUAUAUAUAUAUUUGUAUAAAUGUGGCUCUGUUGUCUUUUCUUCUUUCUACAAAUAAACAAACAGUCUGUAGACCUACCGUAUAUGACCUAAUAAGGGCACCGGGCGUGGGUAAUUGACAGUGGGGCGCCCUUAUUAGGUCAAAUACGGUAUAUUGUGGAUCCCUGGGUAAAUCUAGUAUUUGACCAUGCGUCAUAAAUAAUUCAAGUAUCAUCAAAAUCGUUUGAAUUAAAAAAUAAAUUGUUAUAUGGACUUAAUCAGAAACGUUAAACAUGUGACGAUUACUAAUUGAUAUUAUCUGAAAUGCUGAGCCAAGUUAAUUGAUAAUAAUUACAUUGUCUCGUGAUAGGAAAUGUCACAUCAUCUCUUUUCUUUCUAGAACGUUAAACCAACAUCGCGUUAAAUUUAGUUACGAUUUCUCCUGCUUUUAGUUUAAAUUUUGGACGAGUUAAGUUUGAUAAACAUUGCUUGAAGCGUUCCUGGUGAUUGCUUCUCGUCAACUCCGACAAAAAACACGAGGCCAAUUUAUAAUAUAUCGUAAUACUCAACAGAUCAGGUGUCGGAGCAUACAUGUCUAGAUAAUAUGUAUCUGUAAACGAAAUAUUGUUUUUCAGUACUAGCAUGUGUUCAGUGAUAUUGUUUUUAUUGUAAAGCAAAUCAAAAAUAAAUUGAUCAAAUGUG